AUGAAAAGUCGACCCGUGAGCUGCCGUACAGCCAGUCAAAUUCCCGCCAACGCAGAAAUUCCCGACGGCCUGACUCGUGGCUCCAGCGAUUUGAGCCAUUUGGCGGGACCGUCGAGUGCCGUCAGUCUUCAGGCAUCCGGACCGGAUAGAAAUGAGACGAACGAAGCUGCCGGAGGUCUGCCGGCUCUGCUAUCGCGGACGAACGGUGCCACGUCGGGAGUUAAUGACCGCAGUCGAAAUGCUUCCAUGCGCGGAGCAUCACAGCGUCCGGCCACGGUGAGUUCGUCUGUCUUGAUCUUUGUUGUCGCCUAA